AUUACAGUUUUUAGUGUACAGCUAGUAUCAAUAUGGCGUCAUAGGGUGAAUUUUGUUUACUGCGUAUUAUAAAAUAAAACAAUUUUCCUCUCAAAAUUUACACAAAAACCUCUUCAUAAAAUCGAUUAAUUUCACCAUAUAUGCCAAGAUUGGGCGAUAUUAUUAAAUAUGGAAAAAAAAGACACAGCCAUGCAAUUCACACCGGGCACAAAAAUUGAAGCACAAGAUCUGACGGGAGGCUGGCACAACGCCAGUGUCAUCGAAGUGGAUCAAGGCGAACAAGAGGUUUUAAUCAAAUUCGCAAAAAAUAUGAGAGCAAAAGGUGCUAAUAGAUUCAAGUUGAACGAAGAAUGGAUUUCGAUGGACAGCAGCCGAUUGAGAAUUCCAGUGCAAGUCACGUACGAAAAAGGUGAUCGAUGUUUGGCCCGAUGGACUGAUUCCCGAAAAUUUCCAGCAACGGUGCUCAAACCGUUGGAAAACAACAAAUAUGAAGUACUGUUCGACGAUGGUUUCGUAAAACAUGUAAAAGGAAAUCAUAUGACAAAAAUGAAGCAGCCAACAAAUGAAAUAGCAACUCAAUCCAGUGAUUCACCAUUACCACCAAUUCAACCCAUCAUCAGAAAUCUAUAUAAUCCAAUUCCAAAAUUCGAUUUGAGCAAAUUCAAUCUACCCGAAAUACCGGAAGGUGAAUGGUGUUGUCCAUGGAUUAACGACACACCGAUUGGUGAUGAGGGUUUUUUGUUGAAUGCAGACGGUACAAAACGUCCAACGGUUUUGGUGCAAGAUAAACGAUUACCCGCCGGAUGGACAAAACAUUUGUAUCGACGUUCGAGCACAUCAAUUAAAUGGGACGUUAUGUUAGUUGUUGACUCGAAUAAUAAACGUUUUCGUUCGAGAAAUGAUGUCAAAGUAUACCUUGAUGAAAUUGGUCAAGCGUACAAUCCAGAUACUUAUGAUUUUAGCAUUCACAAGCGUCGUGCCAAAGAUAUUGGUGUUUAUGUUUACACCGAUGAUUAUGUGCCGCCGGUACAAUCGUCAGAUUUUAAUUGGAAAUCGAAUCUGAAUUCAUCACUUCAACGGCAACCAUUUGCCGGGUUCUCACCAAAUGAAUCGACAAUUCUGUCGAAAAUUGCACAAGAAAUUAAAACUGAACCAAAUACGUCUACAUUCGGUGUGUUGGGAGAAGAUUUUAUUUAUCUUGGGGCUUUAAAAGUUAAACGGAUCAAUAAUUCGCUUCACUGUCCCAAGGAGGAUUGCGAUAAACAUUUCCGCAAAGAAAAUCAUUUAUAUAUUCACGUAAAACACUAUCACAGUGAAUUAGCCGAUCAACUUAACGCCACCACAAACAAGAUUGAAUCGCCAAUCUCUCAAGCGAUAGAAACAACAAACGAACCAAAAACAGUGGGGCAGUCAUUGACCUUGGUAGAACAAACGAGUGAUGGAUUGAAACGUAAAUUAGAUACAAAUCUAGCCAAUCUUGAAGUCAAGGAAAAACGAAAACCGUCAGAAAAAGACAAAGUGAAUGCGCCAGAUAUUAAUUCAGUGGAUAGCGCUCUCAAGGAGUGUGCACAGAAUGAUUUCAAACCAGAAGCAACUGCUUCAGCGCCUAAAAAAUCAACAAAAAAACGAACUGACACCAAACUAUCCGCAUCAAAAUCGGGAAUACCAAAAUUCAAAAUUAAUCCAUUCAAAAUCAAGGCUUUAAAGGGGAAAAAAUCCAAAAAAAUGAAGAGAGAAUUCAAGCGAAAAAUUAAAAAAAUUCUAAUAAAUCACGAUAACAAUGAUGGAAGGUCAACUCAAUUGAAUUUUUCCAAUUCAGAAUGUUCAACAAUGGAUCUAAAUUUUCAACAACAAUCUGGCUCUCAAUAUGUCGAUGAAAAUGGUGAAAUUAUCAAAAUUGUACGAAUGCGUCAAGAAGAAAUCGUUAACUGUAAAUGCGACCAAGGUCAGAAUGGUUUGAUGAUUCAGUGUGAACUAUGUUUAUUCUGGCAACACGCUGUAUGUUACAACAUGACCAAAGAAAGUGAAGUGCCGGAAAAAUAUGUGUGUUGGAUAUGCCGACAUCCAGAAAAUAUUCGCGAAUCAAUGAGAUAUAUUCAUGAUCAAGAUUGGUUGUAUGAUGGAAAACUAUUUCAAGCAAAUUAUCAUCAGCCAAGUGAUCAAGCGGCUAUGCGUUCUGACAUUCUCCAACAAAGUCAUCAACUGACCGGCAAUCUUUUGGAAGUGAAUCGUUCAUUGCACAGUUUAAAUGUGAAGUUAAACAUUGCGUCGAAUAAAGAUCAUCCAAAAUUGUAUUUGUGGUCAAAGAAAUGGGAACAAAGUCCACCAAGAAAUACUGAAACGAAAGUUGAACAAGAGCAACACACAUCAGUUUCAGAGGUCAAGAGUGAAACGAUCACCAAUCCUGCGCUAAAUAAUUUGCUGGAAUGUGUCAAACCGGAAAAUGAAUCUGAGACAACGCAAAAGAAUGAGAUGACGCUAAUAGAAAAUAAAACAAAUACUGACAUUAAAAUCGACAAGACAACGACACAACAACAAAUUAAACAAGCAGUCACACCGAAAAAACUCCGAUUAACACCAAAUAUUCCACAACCAGAAGCAGCUAUCGAUUCGGUAGAAUGUCAGCAUCAUCUUUUGGAACACAUACAAAAUGAACAAAGUAUAAUUCACGCACGCAUGCAAACCAUCGAUGCACAGAUUGUUGCUCUUGAGUCAAUGGAGUAUCCGCACAGAAAUACAAAAUCCGAUUUUGCCAAAACCAAUCACACCAUACGGAUGCUAUUGAAUGACCUGGAUAAAAUGAAAAAAUUGGCUGCAUUCAAUCGAAUUAAUAGCAGAAAUAAAGAAACGCUGCAAUACGUGAAUAUGAAUAGAAUGAUCUAAAAUUGAAUUAACAUGCGUCAUAUUUAUUUGGUAUUUGUGCGAUAUAAAAUGACGAAUUCUAUGAAUUUUUGAAGGACGAUGAUCUAUUAUUUUAAGAAAAAAUGCAUAAAAAAGUGUAUUUGAUUUGUGUGUUCAUUAUUAUAAAUUGAUUGUGAAAGUGAACUUUAUUUGAAAAAAAUGCUCAAGUUAUAUUGAGUUAUUGUCAUUGGUUUUCACAUCAUCGACUGAUUUACAAUCUCGGAUAUAGAAAAAGUGUUGUAUCUCAUUAAAGACUUCAUCGAUGACAAAACCAAAAUAUAAAACUAAAUAUGAUAAUUGCAAAAUCUAACAAUAACACGAAUGGGAAUACAAAUGGACAAAACCAUGGUGGAGGUUGAAGAACUAAACCAUUCGAUUUUUGACAAGAAUGACAUCAACGAAGAAAUUUUUGUCAGUUUGGCAAAUGAAACGAAAAAUAAUCAAUCGACAGGGCGAGAAAUUAUCAGAUUAUUCAAUUUCCGAUUAUACUUAUAUUUACGCGGUGGACGUCAUUAAUCGUGUUUAAGCUGACUGUCAAAUACGUAUUUUGCUAGUGUAACCCAACGAGAAAAAUUGAUUUGAUUUCGGUAUCACCGGAACUCAAUUUUAAUAAUUAUUAUUAUAAUGGAAGUUAAAUGUGGAGUGAAAAUUUAAAAACACAAAAAAAUAAGUUCACUAUGUUUAAUGAUCUUAAAGACCCGUUAAUGUAUGUUACUUGCAAGACGAAAAUCGAAAAACCAUAACUACGUCAAGAUCAAUUUAUUAUCAUACAUUUAUACAUUUUUCCUUUUAAAUGGGAAAACGGAAACGAUCUUAAGAACGCGCAUUAGAAAUGCAAUCGCUGAUACUUUGCAAAAUGGUUUAAUGACAAGUGAUCCGAACGGCACUGUCUGGCAACAAUAAUUUUUUUAAUUGAACAUUUUUUUACUCUUCAAGUACAAAUUUUAAAUCAAUUGAUAUUUUAUAAAUGCCAUUAUUUUCUGAAAACUACGAAGUUUUUCGAAAUCUGUAAAUUAAAAAUGAUUAAUGAUAAAAUAGGCUGAAAUUAUAUAGCUAUUAGUUAGUUACAUAUAUUCGAAAUGUGGAGUUUUUUUUAUAUUGAUUUACUGAGAAGAAGCAAAAUAAAGAAAUAUGAUUGUAAUGUUUGGAAUUGCCCUAAA